AUGAAGUCACUCUUUAAGCAAGCUGCCUCGGUGGCUUGCCUCCCAUGGUUGGCUGCUGCCGCGUUCAAUGAAGCCUUUGUCGUCGAGUUCGACGGGUCUGUUGCAUUGACCGCCGAGGCCUUGAUGGGCCAGGCACAGGUCUCUCUGGCUGAUGCCGGUCUGGAUUGUACGACGUCUCAACGAUACUACUUCAACCACCCGCUUUUUCAAGGAGCCUCACUCAACGUCCACUGCAGUCAAGACGGAGUGAGCCAGAAGUCCGUGUUGACGACUGUGCAGUCCGUCGACGGGGUCCUGAAGGCAUGGCCCGUCACCGUAACGGAGCCGGCGCUGAACAGAUUCAAAGUGCCCGGCAUCACGGACGGCGAACGUACCGGCCGCGGCUUUGCGGAAUACAAGCGUGAUUUGUCUCGUCUGUCCUCCCUCCACACCAGAGACGGGGCCGUUGUCGACUCUCUGUCCACGCACGUCGACACCGGCGUUUCCAAGUUGCAUGCCGCAAACACGACGGGCUCCGGUGUCCUUGUUGCCGUCAUCGACAGCGGCUUCGACGUCAACGCCCUGGGCCUGAGCAAGACCAACAUCGCAUACACUCUCGAUAUCACCGACGGUGGCAACGACGUAGCAGACAACUGUACUGUCCACGGCACCCACGUCUUGGGGAUUGUCGGCGCCAAGGGUGCCGAGGCCAAGUACGGCGUCAUCGGCGUGGCGCCCGACGCAACCUACGAGAUUUAUCGCAUCGAUACAUGCAAUGGUCAGGGCGCCACGGUUGACGCGCUCAUCAACGGUUUUCUCGCGGCGGCGGACAGAGGCGCCGAUAUCAUCACCUGCUCGUACGGCGGUACACUCGCGUUUCCCGAAGAUCCAUGGUCUGUUGUCGCCACGCGUCUGUUUGAGAACGGAACCUCCGUCUUCCUGCCAAGCGGCAACGGCGGUCCCGGAAUCUUCACCGGCCUCAGCCCCGGCGCCGCCGACGCCAUCACCUCCGUUGGGUCUGCCGACAACUCCGUCACUCCCUACUACACCUGGGAGGGCAACUGGACUGCUGGAGGCGACGCCGGUCCCAUUCGCUUCACCCCCGGCACGCCAUUCAACUUCCCUCCCAACAACAAGCUCACCGUGUGGACGUCGAACACCCCGAUUUCCGAUGACUGCCAGCUACUCCCGGACAAGGCGAGCCUCCCGGCCGAUCUGACCAAUGUCAUCUUCCUCUCUCAGUACGACCAGUGUUGGAAAGCCCCGAACGGCACCACCAUCUCCCUCACUAACGAGUUCGACAUACCGUAUGCUCUGUACUACAGCAGAAGCAACUUCACCGUCUCCGAAGGUCACCUCUUCAUGGAAGUGACCCGGGACCCUGACCUCAAGGGCACUGCGGCGAUCGACUUUGCAACAGCCAGCCAGAUAAUAAAGGCAAAGGAGCAGCAUGGCUCCGUCGAGGUCUACAUCGCCCACGACGUCUCUGUUGCCAACGAGGACCUCACAUACAAGGCGAACAACCGAUCUGGUCUCCUCAGCUCGAGCUUCACUAGCUGGGGCCCCUCGCUCCGGGGUGCCUCCAUGCCCCUCUUUCUUGCUCCGGGAGGCAACAUCUUGAGCACGUUUCCGGAGAAGCUCGGAGGAUGGGGUGUCGUCAGCGGCACCAGCAUGGCAACACCGUUCGCUGCCGGCGUUGGUGCGCUCGUCAAGCAGCAGCACCCGGACUAUUCGCCUGUCGAGAUCCAGACCGUCAUAGCAACCACUGCUCGUCCCAUCAAGUGGAACGACUCAAAGGGCAAGACGGAAGAAUUCCUGGCGCCGACGUUCCAGCAAGGCGGUGGUCUGGUGGACGCAUGGAGCGCCGUCCAUUCGACAACUCUGCUCAGCACUUCCUCCCUGUCCUUUAACGACACGACGAACCGUCCCAAGGAGCUCACUUUCAGCAUCAAGAACACUGGCACGAGCGCCAUCACCUACAAGCUGAGCCACGUCGGUGCUGGUUCGGGAUACGUUCUUGAGAAGGCAGACUGGUACAACCUGACAAAGGCAGAGGCGUAUCCCGUGUACGCCGACGUCAGCAUAUCUCCUUCCACAGUCAGCGUCGAGCCCGGCAAGUCGGCCACCAUCUCGGUCUCCGUCGUCAAGGAGCCUGCUCUGCCCGACGCCCUUUCCCGCGUGUCGUAUUUUGGCGGCUACGUCGCCAUCGAGGCAGAUGGGUCGACCGAUGUCAACAAGCUCUCGCUGCCGUAUACCGGUUUCGGAGCGCCACUCGCGACUCUGCGGAGCGUUAACCGGGCGGACUCGUACCUGUCGUUCUACAACUUGACCGACUCCAAGCCAUACAGGGCAGAGGCGGGGCGGCUGUAUACCUGCACACUCAACCUGACCGCUGAUGUGCCCGCGUCGUUCCCCGAUAACGUCUACCCCGGAGUCGAGGUUUUCCUCUUCAUGCAGACCCGGAACAUGAGCAUCAGCGUGAUCGACGCCGACUCCGGGAAAGUCAUCAUGACGCCUUACCAGAGCUCGUCGGCCGAUACGUGGGGCCCUGGAAACUCGUGGUACUGGGACGGAUCCGAUGCCAACAAGACGUUCGUCCCGGCGGGGACGUACAUCUGGAACGUCAAGGCUCUGAAGUUGAAUGGAAACCCGGAGAACAAGGAGGACUGGGACAUUUACGAGACGGGGACGUGGGUGCUUCAAUACACAUCCAACAGCACGUUGGUCCCGUCAAACUCGACUCUGCGUGCCUGA